UGAAGGGUCUAGGCCCGAAACGUCAGCUUUUGUGCUCCUGAGAUGCUGCUUGGCCUGCUGUGUUCAUCCAGCUUCACACUUUGUUAUCUGCGACUAGAAUUGGCAAGUUUGCAAUGUACGCGGAGCAGCAAGCCACACGUGGUUAAGCCAGAGGAAAAGGAAUCAGAAAAUCAAAGGCGCCAGAAAUUAGAAGAGUAUCUGCAGAGAAAGAAGUCUGCUAACAACGUGGCGAUUCGAGCUAGGAGCCGUUUGGAAAACAGGGUGUAUUUGAGAGACAAGACAAACAUCGAGAAACUUCAGGCUUCUACAAGGCAGAAAGAGGCAAUGGUGUCUGGAGGGAAGAAGAUUGAAACAAAACAAAAUAUUCAAAAUAAUAAGUCACUGCAAAACAGAACCAUAUCCCAAUUCUCUACUCAAUCUGAAUCCACAUUGUUGAAAAUGGAAAGCCCAUUUGUUAAUAAUUCAGCCAGUAGGGAAACAGCAAUGCCUACAAAGCAAAUCACUCCACCUGAGAAACAGCUAUUAGCUGCUCAAGAGAAUACUUUGAAAGUAGAACAAAAAUUGAAAGGAAAUGCCAAUGUAGCUGUUAACAAAAGCAAAUCUGCUCAACAAAGCACAGAAUCAAAGAUGCUACCUUUUGGCCAAAAGUACAAUUCUGAUGUAGAUCAAAAAUCAAAAAGUCAACCAAAAGUCCAGAAAGCCACACUCAGCCAAUCCUUUCUUGCAGUCAAAAAUGAGCGGGCCAAAUUAAUGAUUGUUGAAAAGAACAAUCAAUCAAAGCUGACUAAUACUACUUUUAGCAAGCCAGUAUUAGGCUCAUUUCGUGGUAAGAUUGUAGAAUCUAAAAUCCAGUCCUUUAGAUUAGGUUCUCGGCAAAAGGAGAGGAAACAGGAGAAAACUGAUCUUGUAACACAUGCCUCUGCAGAAAUGCACAAUAAAGAAUCCAGAGGCAUAAUGCACAAGCCUAGACCGAAGGGAGUAGAAAACGUGCAUCCUCUUUGGAGGACAAUGAAUGUCACGUCCCAGAGUAAACAAAAGAGUUUGACUGCAGCAACUGGCCUCUGCACUACAAGCAGCCAGAAACCACUUGUAACUGAUGUGCUAAAUACAAAGAUAGAUUUUACACAGUCAGGCCAUGGCAACACUGCAAUAGUAGCAACACAGACAAUCAGUACAAAGAAAACUACUGUGCCAUUCCAAAACCCCUCUAACAGUGUAUCUGCAAGACACCCAUCAUGGAAUUUUUCAAAAGCCGUUGGUAACCUAAAACCUCUAAAACAGAAAGUGCCCGUUGAAGUGAAGAGUGGAACACAGCUAACACAAUCGAUAGCGUCAAAAGGGAAAUUAGUAAAAAGACCAACAACGACAUUGCAAAGAAAGAAAGUAGUGGAAGAACCAGUGGAAUCGCGUUGGACAACAAUUGUUGAGGAGGAGAAUCGGACCGAACUUGUGGAACAAAUUAAUCAGACUCUUUCUAAAUAUCUGAAGCAGAUUAAUGAGGGUUGUCCAAGUGAAGAUUGUUUGAGAUCUCUUCAAGCUUUCAUUGAGAGUGUUCCAAAAGCCAAGAAGUUUGCAAGAUACUGGAUCUGUCUUGCACAGCUUGAACAACGCAAAGGAUCUGUCCACGAUGUCAUGACUAUUUAUGAACAAGCCAUCAAGAUAGGCGCACAGCCUGCAAAUGAAUUACGCAAUACACUUGUAGAUAUUUUGAAAAACACCAAAACUCCCAAAAAAACUCAUGUGGCAAUGAACAAAACUGAAGAUGGAGUACUGAAAGAUCCAAAGCUGGAACUGUGUUGUGUCACUGAACAGAGUGUUCCUGAAGGAAAAAAAGUGGAGCUGGCAGAUAUUGAGGAGAGGCCUUCUAUAGAGGAAAAUAUGGGCUGCACAAAUGACAAACAGGAUCUCCCUCUAGAGAACCAAGAAAUGUGUAUUGCUGCAACUGAUGAUCACAAUGUUCCCAAAGAAAAUGAUGGAGCCCCCUUGUUUAUUAAACAGCAAGUUUCCUGUGAUGGAAAAGCAGACCUUGCAGCAGGUGAACUGCAACUUUAUGCAAGGGAAGAACUGGCGACCACAAUGAAAGAACUGCAUUCUCCUUCUAUGGAACAAGUGGUAAAUGAAGCUGAUGAUGAGGAUGAUUGUGGAGUGGAUGAUGUAACAGUUGACAACAUGAAGACCCCACUGAAGCAAAUAUUGACACCAAGUAAAAUAGAAAAUAGAGGAUCAUCUGUUAAGUAUAGUGUGAAAGCAACCCCUAGGAUUAAAUGUAACAAAAAUAUGACUCCGUUGGAAAACAGAAACUCUGCAAUCAACGUACUGAAAUUUCUGACGCCUGUGCGUCGUUCACAACGCAUUGAAAAGGCAUCUUCCCAAAUGCCAUUAAUGUUGCAGGACCAUGAUCCGUGUGUGUCUUCACUGGAGGAUCUAAAAAAAUUGGGAGAAGUAUCUACAGCCUACUCAUUCAGGAUGAAUAAUGCACUACAAGAAUGAACUGAUAUUUUCAAAUGAAUAUGGAUUAUCUGUUAACAUUUUAAUUAAAUGCACCUUGUGUCCCAAAGCAUCAUUUAGUCCAAUUGCAGUGCAGUCUGCUUCUGCAUAAUUGUUUCCUAGCCAUUUCUAAAUAGUUAAUAUUCUGAAUUUUAUACUGCCUUCAACAAAAGUGUAGAAAAUUUAGUGUUUAUGGCUACAGUUGUUUUCAAAUACUUUAAUGCUCUGCACUAUGACAAAGACCUAGAAAACUGAUGGAUGAAAAUGAGCAUGGUUUUAAAACUCCCAAGUCUAUUGGAGUUCAAUACUAUGCAUAUUCUUGUCUUUAGCUGAAGAAAUUCUAACUUCUUGAUCCAGUGUUGUAAGAAAAAAAAUCCUUUUUUUUAAUCAAGCAAAGUGCUGUAGGUUCUAAUUCUGAAGUAAAUACAAAUAAGAUUUGUUAAGCAUCAUCUGAGAGAGAAAUGGUUCAUGUUUCAGGCCACUGGGUUUUUGUCAGAACUGGGAAAUGUUAGAGUUGUAAUCAAUUAUUUGAGCAGUGGGUGAAUAGGAAAUAUUGUUUUCUUUCUUUGCUUGUUUUAAGUCUUCCUCCUUUCAUUUAGCAACAUAACUGGUCCAGGCACAUCAAGUUUUAUUUCUUGCCUCAUCUCCACUCCCUCUGGACCUAGAAUAGUAACCAUUUUGGUUCUUCAUUCUCUUCUGUCUUCCAUUCUUUUACAGUGUUCUUUUAAAAUCCUUGUCUCCCACCCCUCACUGACAUUUCCCAGUUUUGAUGAAAAGUCACUCUCACUUGAAAAACUGACUCAUUUGACUCUCUGCACAGGCAUUGUCUAACUGCUGAGCUUUUCCCCACCAUUUUUUAUGUUUUGCUUUUAUUAAUGGUUGGUAAUGUGCAAAAGUGACCCAUUCUUCCAACCUCAACAAAAUUUCUGCAGAUAUAAAUGUUUAAUUCUUCAGUUAUUAAUGCUUGAUGUGCACAUUUCUAAUCUUGUAUAAAAUAUGCAAUAUGGUUGCAAAGGAGAUUGGAAGAUACUGGUAGACAUAAUGGGUGUUUAAUAAAGCUAUUAAUUUAAGGCUUUGACUAAGCUAUCUCAGUCCUGGAAUUUAAGUUUGAGCAAACACUAAUUGAAUCAAACAUCUCUUUACUUAGAAUUUUCUCUUAUUGAAGAAAAUAAAACUAGUGGGAUUCACCGGUGUGAAGUAUUGUCUCGGUUUUAAAAGUAGUCUUUUUUUGCGAGACAUAAUGUGGUAAUUUUUAAUAAGCUUGCAACAAGUAUAAACCUUACGAAAUAACAAUGCAAAUGUGUUUUUAAUUUUUAAUUUUGCUUUGGCUUAGAAAUUCGAUAUCAUUCUCAACUGAAACUUUGUAUUUAUCUCUUUGUAUUGUGCUUAUUUUCAUUAAAUGAUUCUUGAUACUCUU